AUUAUAUUAAAUAGUAGUACGGCCCGACAAAUGCAAACAUAAUGUGGGUGAGUUUCGGAAAGUUGAUUCGGUGGAGGCAAAAUGCGAAAGAGGGCCAGAAUCGGAGUAGACUCCCCGGCGGCUUCGGUGGUGAACGUUUGGAAACGAGAGGUCGGCGAGCUCUCCACCAGAAACUUUGCUCGUCGCUUUGUGGCUUCUGAGGAUCUUGUGCUUCGACUUGGUAUCCUCCGGAAGUUAGAAAAGCACACAGGUUGCGUGAAUACCAUUAGCUUUAAUGAUGAUGGGAAUAUUCUUGUUACGGGUUCUGAUGACAAGAAAGUGAUAUUUUGGGAUUGGGAGAGUGGCAAUGUUAAACUGUCAUUCCACUCCGGUCACUACAACAAUGUUUUUCAAGCUAAAAUCAUGCCAUACUCAGAUGAUCGGAGUAUUAUAACUUGCGCUGCUGAUGGGCAGGUGAGGCAUGCUCAGAUUCUCGAGAGUGGAAAAGUGGAGACUAAGUUACUAACAAAGCAUCAGGCACGAGCUCAUAAGUUAGCCAUUGAACCUGGAAGCCCGCAUAUAAUUUAUACUUGUGGCGAGGAUGGAUUGGUCCAGCAUGUUGAUUUGAGGACUCAAGCUGCUACAAAACUUUUCACCUGCCAUUCCCUACGGGAUAGGAGUUUCAUGUCAGUCAUUUAUUUGAAUGCAAUUGCCGUUGAUCCAAGAAAUCCCAAUUUGUUUUCUGUUGCUGGAGCAGACGAAUUUGCUCGGCUUUUUGAUGUCCGAAAAUAUAAUUGGAACGGGUCACCUGAAUUUGGUCAGCCGGUUGACUUCUUUUGCCCCACACAUUUACUUGGUGAUGAACACAUAAGCAUCACUGGAUUGGCAUAUUCGGAUCAGAGUGAACUUCUUGUAUCAUAUGCUGAUGAGUCCAUAUAUCUUUUCUCCAAGUACAUGGGACUAGGACCGAACCCGGAACUACCUUCUCUUCUGUCUAGUGAUAGCGAUAGCGAUAGGGAUGGGGAUGCACCUGAUAUGGGUCAGGAUCGCCUGGGGGUUUCAUCUCCAAGAGAGGGGGAAACCAACGUAGUGGCUGGUCCCCAAGUCUUCAAAGGGCACUUGAACCGUGAGACAGUCAAGGGCGUGAAUUUCUUUGGGCCCAAAUGUGAAUAUGUAAUGAGCGGGUCUGAUUGUGGUAGGAUAUUUAUCUGGAAAAAGAGGGGCGGGGAGCUCAUUCGUGUAAUGGAGGCAGAUAAGCAUAUUGUGAAUUGUAUUGAGGCUCAUCCCCAUAUCACAGUGCUUGCGAGCAGUGGAAUUGAGAGUGACAUAAAAAUUUGGACUCCUAAAGCCGUGGAAAAGGCUACUCUGCCAACAAAGCUUGAGAAGGUUUGUAUUCGUUACUUACUACUCAGUUUAGACUUAAUGUUUGUCGUUUAGCCCCAAAAGAAGGGUGUAAAAAUGAAACAAAGAACUUAAAACAAAAUUCAAAAACAUAAAAAUAAGCCUCAUUUUCUCUUUUGCUGAAAACAACAGCCGAGCUGCUAAAUCCUGUGUAGCAAUAUCAUUUGGCUGAAUGAGGAUAAAUGAACAUUUCCAAAAUCCAUGGGCUGUUUCAUAAUCUAAUUUUGCUGACAACAUUUGAGCAAGACCUUUACCGACUGUAAAUCAUUCUUGCAUGAGUUUGCCUCAUUAAGUUGACAAUUAACUCUUAAAAUUAACAUUUCUGAAUGCAUAAGUUAAGUUUUAGCCCCUUGGCGUACAUCGGUGCUCUAUGCUGUGAAACAAGUUGAUGAUGCUCCCAUCAGUUCUGUUAAAUCUGUUUUCACAGGGGGUGGGGAUUGCUUUCCAUCUAUUAAACUUUUCACUGAACUUACCUGUGGCAUCACUGUCUUUUUGGAUUCUUUUGGCAAAAUCAUAUGAUUGGGGAUUGAUUUGUGUUUCAGAAUGAUAAACUUCUUCGUCGAUAUGGACUAUGCUCUAUAUCCCUUCUGUAGCAUCUCUAUUCUGCUUACUGUUGUAGUUCAUGUGCUGGUCAAUAUAAUGGUCAUCCUGUGAUAACCUGGAGAGGUUUAUCUAAUUUUGCUGCUGAUAACCUGACAUACUUCUUUGGAUAAGGUACUGAUUCCUCGUCGAAGGCGUUACUUUCACCCUGGUGGAUUUGAUGAAGUCAGGGAGUAUUUUAAUUUUGCUGGUAGCAUUUAUGAAGUUGAGGAGGAGGGGUAUAGUAAUAAUACUGACGAUGACAACUCAUACGAUGAUGAGGAUAGUGAAGAUUUUUUUGACGAAGAUGAUGAUGACGACGACGACGACAAUGAUGAAGAUGAUUGUGAGUCGAUGGAUGAGGAUGGAGAUGAACAAGAAGAAGGAGAUGAGGAUUUCUAUGACAGUAUAAUUAAUGACGAUAAUGACAAUGACAGUUCUCAUAAUGAUGAUGAUGUUGUUGAUGUUGAUAGCUCCUUAGAUGAUUGACUAUGUCAGAAUGAUCAUUAAGACAUGCUGGCAAUAAUGAUAGUGUGUAGAGACUUAAUAUAAUAAGAUGGUGAUGGUGGUGUUGUUGCAUUUUACCAUGCUGAUGAUUUUUCUGCGCUUUGUUUUUUUCUUUUCCUUUCUGUUUCCAGAGGAGGCACAAGACAUGGCCCUCGACCUAUUGUACUCUUUCUCCCUUCGACUUGAUGCAGCAGUUGAUGCCCGUGCAAAGGUGGAGGGGUAUGCCUGAAAACAUGGAGGUUCCAGAGGUAACACCAGAGCAGCUCCAACUUAUUCUGACAUUUAAUGUGAACAGUGACGUUUCCACCGAUGAAGAUGGUGGAGACAUCACCACCACGAGCGCUGCUACUGCUACUGGUGAAGAAUGAGAAGAAAGCAACAUUCUGGGGUGCAAAACACAGAGGUUCAGAAAUUGUACAUACAUAGGAGAAUAAGUUGAAAUGUCAUUUGACAGGAAUGAGGUUGGCAAUCAAGCAGUAUAGUUUGGACAUUGUGGAUGGUAAUGAUUUUUUAGUGGUUUCCUCAUCAAUGUUGUUUGUUGUGUGCAGUAAGAUGAUGAUAUAGAAAGUAAAAAAGAAAUGAAAAUGUGCGUGAGAAGAUGCAUGUUGUAGGAUAUCUCGCAUGACCCUUUUGGAUGGUAAUAUCUUCCAUCAAUUGUUUACCAUACGCUCGGGAUAGACGGAGAGAGGUUGCUGGGAAGUUUUUGCAGUUAAUUUAGGUUGGGAAUUGAAUUCAGUGACCUCUCAACGCAAUGAUAUUUUACCGUCAGGAGCAGGAUAGGUGAUCUCUUUACGGGUUAAAUCGAGAACUGUGUGAAUUAGAACUUUGGUUUGGUGGCAAGUUUUGGAAGAUUAGGUUAAAGACUAACAGCGCAGAUUAGAAAAGUUAUUAAACCCAUAAAAUCAGCUCUCCGGAUCACAUGAAAUGAUGCGUAAAGAUAAUGGCACUUUAAAAGUGUAAGUUAGUAUUACUAGUAUAUACCCACUUUUUAUUCGAAAAACAAAACACGAUCAAGAGGAAUUUAAAAAGUGACAGCGCACUAGGUCGAAAGUCUUCUUAUUUACUAGAAACUCUAAAAGCAGGAAAAAUCGUUCCCAUUUUUAGAGAGCGGUGAUGAUGUUGAUGUGUCAGAACGUGAAGGACACACACACACACAACACAGAGUCACCCUCAUUGACGCAACAAAAGUGAACCCCAACAAUUCUUUGUUUUCUAAGUACUACCAUACCAUUACAUACAUAAUAAAUAAUCUUGAAAUUGCUACUUUGUUAUUUAUCUUUUCUUUUCUUACAAAUUUACGUUAAACACUUUAGCACCAAUGACAACUAACUAAACAUUACUCUUUUUGGACUGGGUUUCAUUUAUGUUUCAU